AUGGGGAGGGUCAUCCGAGCGCAGAGGAAGGGUGCCGGCUCCGUGUUCAAGUCCCACACUCAUCACCGGAAGGGGCCGGCGAGGUUCCGAUCGCUCGACUUCGGCGAGCGCAAUGGAUACCUAAAGGGCGUGGUCACAGAUAUUAUCCAUGACCCCGGCCGUGGCGCGCCACUAGCACGCGUCACCUUCCGCCAUCCCUUCCGCUACAAGCAACAGAAGGAGCUCUUCGUUGCGGCGGAGGGAAUGUACACCGGCCAGUUCGUGUUCUGCGGGAAGAAGGCCAACCUAAUGGUUGGCAACGUUCUCCCGCUCCGAUCCAUCCCGGAAGGAGCAGUAGUGUGCAACGUUGAGCACUACGUCGGCGACCGUGGUGUCUUCGCCCGGUGCUCGGGGGACUAUGCUAUUGUCAUCAGCCACAACCCUGAUAACGGUACCAGCAGGUAUUCACUACUCUUAAACGACAAGAUAUUUUGAUCUCUCUUUCUAGUUCGAUGGAUCUGAUAUUGAUGUCCGCAGAUCUGCUCUAGAAAUCUGUUGUUCUCCUUGGUUUCAGUUUUCCCUUUAGUUUUCAUGUGCUUUAUGGUGUUCAAUGAUGUAUAAUCUAGAUUUUUUAUCGAGGUGAACUUUGUGAGAUUUGAUGUUUUCUGUAUGACUCUCUCUUUGAUUGAUGAUUGAAACGCUGUAUGCAGAAUUUAGGCUGUUUGAUCAGAUUCUCAUUUCCAAAACCCUUUUUUUGGAUUUAGAAUUUCCCAGUUUCUGAUAUCAUUUGUCAUUUGAUUGGGCUUUUCAUCAAAUUGAACGAAUUUGAUUCAAUGUUAAGAAACCAUUCGUCCAUUCAACGUGAAUUAAUACUUGUGCUUGUUUUCUUAUGCCCAUGAAGAAAAGGGCUAUGAUUCCCGUCGGAAUGAGAAUUUCGAAUGAUGAUAUAUUAUUCUGAAAACAAUCCGGUUACCUAGUCGGAUCAAUUACUUCGCACAUUACUCCUGUUUGAUUUAGCUUGUGGUGCUCAUUUGAAUUUCAAGUGUAGUUGCUAGUUUUCCUAUUGUAUUGGAUAAACUCAGAAUCUAUGAAAUCUAUGUUAAAAGUACGGAAGAAGUAACAUUCUGAAGCCUCUGAACGUGUGAACAUGAAAAAUGGAUUCAGUGGAGCUUUUUUUCCAUAGUUAUUAACGAAGUUUGUCACAGUGCUUGCUGGUGCAUCGUUUGUGAACGAAGUAGACCACUUUCUUGAAGAGCUGUUCAAAUUGUUUACCUAUCUUUUCACCUGACAACACAUACUGCUGAGUACUUAAGCGAAUAGCACAAGAUUGAGAAUUUAUUCAACUCCCUGAUGGUUAAUUUUUAUUUGCAUUUGGAAUAUAGGUUGUAGCAUAUCUUCGAAAAGAUGAAGAUUUAAAAUUUUUUGAUUCCUCGUUGGUUGAUUAAUUCAACUCUAAUAUGAAGAAAGUUUGCUCGCACAACUCUAAUAUCCUGUGUACAAAUUGUGUUUUUUUGACCCAGAAGCAGAAGUAUGUUGAAUUUUGUGCAGCGAUAUGGCCCAUUUAUAAGUUAUAAGAACAAGCUAUGGGAGAAUGGUGGUGGCCUUUAACAAACGUUUCAUUGAACUCUCUAAUCUAUUGUGAUCUGUUCUUGGUUGAAAAAAUAUUAGUAAGGUUCUUGGAAAGAACGAGGAAUGCACCAGCGGAAAUGAGAAAGUUGGACAGAAUCCGAUCGGGAUAGGAUGAGGUUGACUGAACCGAAACCAUCCUCUACACAACCGAUUGGCUGUGUAGAGAACACAACCAAAUCGGGUUGGAGACAGCUUAGAACUGGGUUGAUAGAAUCUCCAUCUCAAUUCAUGACAUUUUUUGUAUCGUUGAUCUUAAUCCUAGACACCCAUUUAAACAGUUUUUAAUUUACAAUCGAACGUAAGUGUUCGUAAAUUUUAAUUUCUAUCAAGAACAAAGCCAAUAACUGGUUUCAUGGAAUCUCAUUGCGGAUCAGCGGACCCUCCCCACCUUUUGAAUUGUCUUUGUUGUUCGUGACGUUUUUGGCCGAUUUUACUCCCUACCAGGAUCAAGCUUCCAUCAGGGGCCAAGAAGAUUGUGCCAAGCGGCUGCCGGGCCAUGAUCGGGCAGGUGGCUGGUGGGGGUCGGACUGAGAAGCCCAUGCUCAAGGCCGGGAAUGCCUUCCACAAAUACAGGGUGAAGAGGAACUGCUGGCCAAAGGUGCGGGGUGUGGCCAUGAAUCCUGUGGAGCAUCCCCACGGUGGAGGCAACCACCAGCACAUCGGCCAUGCCAGCACUGUCCGCCGUGAUGCUCCCCCUGGGCAGAAGGUUGGGCUCAUUGCUGCUCGGAGGACUGGGCGGCUCAGGGGCCAGGCCGCUGCCACUGCAGCCAAAGCCGAUAAGGGCUCUUAG